UCAGUCGCCAUAUUUAGUCUACAAUUCAGACGGUGAACCAAAAUCAUCCAUAAGAGUGGCUCAUGUUCGUGUCCCACCCCUGGAGUCUCUCCCGCUAAGUUCCUCGGCGCGAGGAUAUUUGUCAAGCGCGGAAUCAGGGAGUUCGGCUGAUAAUUGAAAGUCGCGUUUGCGAAUGAUACACUCGGGAGGGCAUCUUUUCUUUUCGUCUCGCCGGGGCCUUAUCACUGCUGUGCAUAUAAAUCCGGGUGUGAACGAAUACGCGCUGAUGUAACGAUGACGAAGAGAACGUUUUAGGUGCGUGAGGAACAACGGCCUUAUACUGAGUAAUAUUUGGCUACACAACGGUUCUAACCUUGCUCGACGGCAACAUGAAGUCGGGCAAUACGGAUAAGCACAGGGGCACGAUUCUUCUGAAACCGGAGGAAAAUGAGCACAUCUUCCAAUUGAUAGGCAAUCGAUGCCAGUGCUUAGCAGCUGGAGUUGUACAAUUAUAUUUGACUGAACCUCCUUCACAUAGAGAUUGGAUUAAAAAGAGUACAGGCAUUAUCACUCUAAUAAGAGACAAUCCAAGGCGUAGUUUCUUCUUGCGAUUGUAUUGUUUACAAAGAAAAGUAAUGUUGUGGGAACAUGAAGUCUAUAAUUCAAUGGAUUACAAAGCACCAAUGUCAUAUUUUCAUACUUUUGAGGCAGAGGAUUGCAUGGCUGCAUUUAAUUUUGCAAGUGAGACCGAAGCCAUUACAUUAAGAAAUAUACUUCUUGGAAAAUUAAAUGCUAAACGUCAAAGAAGGCAGGAAAGAAAAGCGAAAGAAACACAACCUAGUGGAACUAUGCCUUGGAAAAAUCAAAGCAGCUUGUCACCUUACAAUGUUACAUCGAGCUCAUCGAGUAAUUUAUCAAAUGGUGCACCUAAUACAGUUGGCGUUAAUAGAAGUGCUUCGAGCAGUUCAAUGUACAAAACCAAAAAGAAAAAAAGCGAACAGGAUCUCUCUAGGCGCAAGUUAACUAAGGACGAUAUUAGUCUUCCUUCUAAUUUUAGACAUGUGGCACAUUUAGGAUGGGAUAUAAAUAAUAAAGGUCUCGAAUUAGAUUCUGUAGAUCCACAGUUACAGCAAUUUUUCAAUAAUGCUGGCGUGUCGGAGCAUGAAUUGAAAGAUAAAGGCACUCGGAAGUUUAUUUAUGAUUUUAUCGAAAGGAAUGGGGGUAUGAGUGCAGUACAGGAAGAUAUUCGGCCAUUAGUCAAUGCAAGAAGUAAUCAGCCUCCUGCAUUACCACAAAGACAGGAAUAUCCUCCACCUGUUCCAGCACGAACAAUACCUCAUCAGACGCGCAGCGCCCCGCCUUUACCUCCAAAUCGUCUUAAUGUGUCUUCUACACCACCUAGCCUGCCUCCUAGUGCACCCCUGAGUACUCCGUCUCCCAAUGUACCAGCGCACAGAACCAUACCAUCAAGACCGCCUCCACCUACUAUAACUUUGGCACCGGCUCUUCCUCCACCACCUCCACCACCACCACCACCAGCUCUUCCCUCGAGAGUCGCUUCAAAUGUUCCCAUGCCACCACCGCCGCCACCUUUACCAGAUUUGAGCAGCACCGACAAUAUAACAAUGAAUACGAAUGCUACGAAUAAUAAUAACGAAGAAUCAAUCAUUGAUCUUAGGCCAAUGCUCAUGGAAUCGAUUAGAAGCGGCACAACUUUAAGGAAAGUUAAUAAGACAGAAAUAAAACCAGCGCCGGUUGAGGAUUCCAGAGGGGACCUGCUACGACAGAUACGUGAGGGCAUUGAGUUGAAACCAGUUCCAAACGAAGUGAAAUCGAGUAUAACACCGACAUCUCGUGGCGGUCUGGCCGACGCGUUGUCCAGGGCUCUGGCCGAACGAUCUCGUGCAAUUCACAGUGAAAGUGAGGACUCGACUAGUGAUACCACCGACGACGACGACGAGUGGGACGACUAAAUUCGAUAUCGAGUACAGAAGUUCAACGCAAAGUGAAGUCAUCGGGAGGACAAUGCAAGGCACAAGAUAUACUUUUGCCGCUAUGGAGAAAUCCUAGUCACAAGAAAACAUUUAUUAUUAUAUUUUAUUAUAUUUUAUAUCAUUUAUUAUUCAUAUUAGUUCGAUAUUUUUUCCCCUUUCAUAUUUAUAUCGUUUAACGAUAUCUAUGUAUCUGAUUUAUAUAAAACAGACUAAUAUGUCACUACUACUAUAUCCAAAUAAACACAAAAGAAUUUAUACUACUUAUUAAUUGUAACAGUAAUAGAAGAUAAUUAAGCUCAGGUUUGUUACUAAAUAUAAAUGCAACGAGAAUAUAAAACUGCAAAGAAUUUCAAAUUGCAAAUGUAGAAAGAGUGGAAAUUACGAUACGCUCAUACACUUGUGAUGCAGAAAUACAUUUUGUGCCCAUGAUUCAGUAAUGCAUUUUCUUAGCAGUUGCUCUAUAUACGAGUAAUCGAAGACAGUGUUAAUUUAUACUUUUUUGCAAAAGGUAACGUAAAAUGGAAAAUUAAUAAAAAAUAUCACCUUGGGCUUCUGCACGAGAGAGCAAACUAGUAUAGUAGCUUCGAAAAAUAUUACUAUGAAUUUCGCGGAUAUAUUCUUUGGCCAAUUUGAAAUUUAUUUUUUUUCAUAAUUUUAGAGGAUAAACAAGCGAAAUAAUUUUCGCGAAUUAAAUAAAAAUAAACAAAGCUUUUUACUCUAUAUUUAAUUUCAAUUGAAAUUUAUUUCGAUAGAGAGAGAA